AUGAACGUGUGCCACAUUCCCCGCCUGCGCGCCGGUGGCGUCGGUGGCCAGUUCUGGUCGGUCUACGUCCCCUGCAAGGCCAACUACAAGGAGUGGAGCGACGACGUCCUCCAGACCCUGGAGCAGAUUGACCUGUCUCGCCGCAUGAUCUCCCACUACGAUGAUACCUUCGCGUAUGCCAUCACCGCAAACGACAUUCGCAAGGCCCUGUCCGAGGGCAAGAUUGCCUCCCUGCUCGGUAUCGAGGGUGGCCACCAGAUUGAUGGCUCGCUCUAUGCGCUGCGCGCCAUGUACGAUCUGGGUGUCCGCUACAUGACCCUCUCGCACAACUGCAACACCGCCUGGAUCGAUUCGGCCACCACCACCCCGGAGCACAACGGCCUGACCGAGUUCGGCGAGACCGUCGUCCGUGAGAUGAACCGUCUUGGCAUGCUCAUCGACCUGUCCCACGUCUCGGCCAAGGCCAUGGCCGACGUCCUGAGCGUCACCCAGGCCCCGGUCAUCUUCUCCCACUCUUCGGCCUUCUCCGUCUGCGACCACGCCCGUAACGUCCCGGACCACCUCCUCCGCCAGGUUGCCACCAACAAGGGCAUUGUCAUGGUCAACUUUGCCUCCAAGUUCAUCUGCUGCGCCGAGACCUCCUUCAACUGCACCUCUGUCGAUGUGGCCGACCAUGUUGAUCAGAUUGUCCGCGUCGCUGGCAUUGACCACGUUGGUCUCGGUGGUGAUUACGACGGUGUUCCCUUCCUGCCUUCCGACAUGCAGGAUGUCUCCACCUACCCCGUCCUUUUCGCCGAGCUCAUGUCUCGCGGCUACUCCGAUGAGGACCUGAUCAAGCUUUCCAACGCCAACAUCAUCCGUGUCCUGGAGGAUGUUGAGCGUGUGGCCGCCCGCAUUCAGAUGAGCGGUGUCCUGCCCGAUGAGACCAAGCAGCCGCACUUCGAGAAGGAGAACCCUCCCGCCGCUGUGGACGCUGAGUUCUAA